UGAAGAGAAGUCAAUUGUCGCAAGAUACAGGAACACCAGUUCUCCGAUCUGCGGGCUUGACUGGCUCAUCAUGCGAUGACGUCGAUUACCCACCCUCCACCUCCCAACUCGCCUUCAAAAGCCCUUUGACAUGCGCCAGCUCCGUUCCUCCUCCCAAGCAUAUGCUGCUCGCCUCCGCUUUUAAUCCCUGCUAAUGUGUGGUCUUCUCGGACCCCAUCUGCAGCAUGUCUCAACUUGAUACCACCACCAACAAUGCACAGCAAGUAUCCUACAGCACAAAAAACAGUCGCGCAGGCAUCCUAGACGCUGAGCGCACCACUGCCGACGUUUCCGGUCCCACCGAUAGCCAUGUCUUGUCCAAGGUAGACCAGGAUGAAAAGGGUCUCGCCCAGAGGGUUGGGGAUACCGACACUAUCACCGACGUGGGAUGGGACAAGCCGCCGGAACAAAUCCACGAGCGCGUGGUCUCAGGUUUGUCGAAUGAGGAUUUGUGGAUGCUUAUCCGACGAUUCAACAAGCAAAUCUACUAUGUCAAAGCAUUGCCGGAGGCUCCCCUCCAGCGGCUCGACCUGAACCGCGCGGAAGACGAGCAGUUCUCCCCUGACAAACUGCGAGCAACCCUCGAGCGGUUCUAUACUAGUAUUGUCGUCUCCUUGACUGGCUUCGUCAAGCAUAUUGCAAGACUGCGUUCAUGGCGGGAGCGCAACCGGACAGCAGGGUUCUGCAUUGUCUACUUCGCUGCAUGGAUGCUUGAUCUCCUUGCGCCUACACUUUUCGCCGUUCUUCUGGUCCUGGUUGUCUCUCCUCAGUCUCGCGAAUUCCUGUUCCCUCCUGCGCCUAUUCCGUUGGUAAGCACGGACACAGGGGGUAUACAGAAACCUAAGGCAGGGGUUUUGGGUUCUCACGACAGCAUAACGGGGGCGCCGGAGAAGAUGAAGGGUGAAGCUGCCGAAAGAGAGGCAUCGAAUCUCAUCACCAGUGUUGCCAGUGUCGCCGUGGGUAGCGUCGCCGGCAAACAUGACCAGGGAACUCCCGAAGAUGCGCCUAUCGAGUCAUCGGUGCCAGAUGCCAUGGAGAUAGCCACCACUGCAGCGGAUGCGCAGACUGCCGCUCACGGAGAGAGCACGGAUGAAUCCCACGAUAAAACCAAGGAGCCCAUGAGGGAUACAGUCUACAACGCUGCAAACCUAGCCAUGCGCAUCCUUGCCGACAUCAUCGACACCUACGAGAGGUUUGGCAAUGCUUUGUCUCCGACACCUCCCUUCUCCAUGAUCACUCCAUACCUCCGGUUGGCAAGCGUGCUAUCAGUAGGCUUCCUCGCGUCCCUUAUCAUCUCCAGCCACAUGUUCUUCAAGAUGAGUACCUUUGGCGUGGGCUUUGCAUUUUUCGGUGACCCAAUCAUCAGACGUGGAGUGGCAUACCUGAACCGUGAAUUCCCCCGCUGGGAGAGACUCCUCGAGCUACAGAACUCCCUCCUCAAGGGCAUCCCCACCAAUGCCCAGCUCACACUCACCCUCCUCCGCAUCGGCGAAGCCAACGGCGCCCCUCUGCCCCCUCCCCCAUCCCAUUCCCUGCACGCCACUCCCGACCAACCCGCCCACGUCCGCAACGAGGACAUCAACCUUGACGCGACAGACGAAGAGAUCAACGCGGCCAUCGCCCCGACGCCGCAACCGCAAACUGACUCGACGCAGCACGAGGAGAUCCACCCGCAGCCUCCCAAGAAAGGAUUCGCGAGCCGGAUGCUCGGCUUCUUCCGGGGCACGACAGCGACCGGCAUUGAGAGCAAGCUGGCGGUGGACCGGGCCAAAGCGGCUGUGGGCUCGAAGCGGGCCAAGGGCCGCGUCGGCGUACUCCGCAAGAAGGGCCAGAUCACCCUUCCUUCGGGCCCCGUGCAGUUCGACGGCCGCUACCGCGGAAAGCGCGGCGUGCUCGUUAUCGACCAGUCGCAGUCCCCGCCGCUGCUGUACUUCACCACCGACCAGUCGGUGCAAGUCGACGACCCCACCUUGGCGCGCCGCUCCAAGAGCUCCGUCCUCUUCACCAUGCCCGUCACCGACAUCCGCGAGAUGCGCAAGGUGGGUGGGCUGGGCUGGAAGGGCAAGCUGGUGACCGGAUGGGCGGUCGGCAGCAAGGAAGUGGUGGACGGCCUCAAUCUGGUCGGCAAGCUUCCGGAGCAGAACUAUCAGCUCACGGCCAUGAAGACCCGCAAUCAGCUGUUUAAUCGGCUCGUGGCUAUCGAUGGACAGGUCUGGGCGAGCUACUAAGCCCCUCUUGCGAUCGUGCGGUUUGCUAAGGUAUUUCUUUCUUAAUUCAGG